AUGCAGGAGCCUCCCCUCCCCCCGCCCUGCACCCCACCCCGCCCCCCUCGGCCGAGCCCGAGCGAGAGGCAGCGCGAGCGAGCGAGCGAGCGAGCGAGCAGCGACAGAGCCCGCGAGGCAGCGAGCGAGGAGCGAGGCCGGCAGGGUGCAGCGUGGCUUCCGGGCCCGCGCGCAGGGCAGGCACGCCGGGCAGAGGCUCGACGGCCCCCGGGUGUCGCGGGGCCGGGGCGCACAGACCCACAACGCCUGCGGGCAGAGGGUGAACCCAGCUCUCCCCUGUCCCUAUCCACCUCCUUCUGGAGAUCCUACCAGCCGAGGAAGGAGUGCUGGGGUACUGGCACCCACUGUUCGGGUCGGGGUCGGUGGGUGGGUUGGGGUCCUCCUGCUCUUCAGCUGGAGGUGCGGAGAGGGCGGGCGGGCGGUGAUCUUUUGAUCCUGGAAGCCUUGAUCUCAACACCAGCCCGGCCCGGGAGAGGGUAUCCGGGGAUUGCUGGGCGCCUGGGUUCCUGCCUCCCCACAGUGGAGCAUGGUCGUGGGCGCCGGGCCGCGGCGGGAGAGCGCGCGCACCCCGCGAGGCCGGGGCUCGGGGCUGGGGUCUCGGCCCCGGACCGCACGGCUCGGGCUCCCGCUCCUCCUCCCUUCCUUCCUUCCUUCCUUCGCCUCCUCCUUUCACUUUCCCCGAGGCCCGCGGGGACGGCGGGCGCGGGGCGGGAGGGGGCUGUUGGGCGCUUAUUGUCGCUCGGACGCCGAGGGUCCGGGUCGCAGCCCCCGCGCGGCGCGGCGCCGGGGGACCCAGGCGUGCUGGCGUCCGGCCGGCUGGCUCCGGGCGGCGGCGGUGGUGCAGCGGCCCCGGGUCCGGGGCAUGUCCGGCCACUGGCUCCGCCGCGCGCCGCCGCCUCCCCGGGCUCCCCUGCGCUGCCGGAGCCUCGCGCGCCCCUCCACUCGGCUCUUCUCCCCAGCCUGAAUAAGCAUCGGGGCUCUCUGGCUGCCUCCUUCUGCCUUCAUACCAGAGCCCGGAGAGGCCCCUGUCAAAAUAAGAGCUCCCCCAUCUCGCUCGACUCCUCGCCCAACCCGGCUCCCCCAGCCUCCCAGUGGUCUGACUCGUAGACCAUGAGGUCCUUCAGGACACAGACAGAAUUUUUUUCAUCUGAAUCCUCAGCAGCUCCAGGGAGUGCUAAAAAAUAUUUAUGGAAGUGAAACCUUUGUCUCCUCAAAAGAACUCUCUCCUAACCUCAAAAGCUACACACACACACACACACACACACACACACACA